AUGUCAAUUCUGAUGCGCCACCACAAUGCCCAACGCCAGAGCAAGAUUCUCAUCUGCGCUCAGACCAACGCAACUGUUGACAAGCUCUGUGAGCGUGCCAUGGAGCUCUUCCCCGCAGGCGUCGGACGUAACUUCGUCGUCCGUUACGGUGACGAUGGUCGGUUCAACCACUCGGUCCAGGAAGUCUCGGUGAACGGCCUCGCGCGUCAGCAUAUCCUGGUCGGUGAGAGCAGGCAGGCUCUCGAGUAUCAGAGUGGGCGUGAGCUGGAAUCGUACAACGCAGGACUUAUCAGCGAGGACGAGUUCACUGAAAUCAUCGACGACAUCGUGGUCAAACUCAAGGCACUCAAGAACCAACGUGCCGACGAGGAGGCCUGGCGCUGCGAGAUCCUGAGACGCGCCAAGUUCGUUUUCAGCACUUUGGGGUCGUCCGGUGCCGACAUCCUCGACACCUGCCAGUUCGACCUUUUGAUUGUUCACGGGGCCAACUGCGUUCACGAAGCCACGAGUCUGAUCCCACUCCGCCAUGUCGACCGCGUUGUUCUCUUCGGCGACCGCCGACAGCUUCAACCCAUGGUGACUGACGUCAGCCGUUGGAUCGGCUAUAACCGCUCAACGUACGAGCGAAUCAUCGACGGCGGCUACCCCUGUUGGCUGCUGGACACGCAGACCCAAUACCAUCCAACAGUUUACAAGCAGGUAUCCUUGGUGGUUUAUGAAGGAAAAGUGACGAAUGGACAGGGGACCCCGGGUCUCCUCGCUUGGCAGAGUUGGGCACCUGGUUGGGGGCCUAACACAAUCGUCAACGUACCAGGUGAAGAGAAGGACACUGGCAACUCUUUCAGCAACGCCGACGAGGUGAAGGCCGUGUUCGACGUUUUGAGGUCAAUCUUCGACCUCUGCCUCAUGGAACCAAAGGAGGUUCGCGAACAGUUCACCAUUGGAAUCGUCACGCCAUACAGCGCUCAAGCGUCGGCCUUGCAGCGGGCCACGAACCUUCUCACCGUGCCACCCCACAUCUCUCUGAAAUGUGGAACCGUCACUGCUCUCCAAGAGCAGCAAUUCGAUGUGUCAAUCGUCUCUUUCGUGCGCACUUACUACCCCGGCUACCUCAACAACCUCAGCGAAGCCAACGUCGCCGUGACCCGGGGCACACGUCUGAGGGUCAUCGUCGGUGAUACCACGUUGAUGUCCGAAGCGCAGCUCUGGGGCUCUAUCCUCGAGUGCUCGACUGCAAACUUGAUGGAAGUGAGUAUGCGAUACAUGCCAGAGGAGUCACUAACUUGCCAGUGGAACGAAUCUUCCAACCCUCGCCUGCAGCUCUCGACGAGCCUUCCUCCCUCUUCCCACAACCUGAUCAACCCUUGA